AUGUUUCUGCUCCCUGUGGCGUGGGGCUGCCCAGAGAAGUGCCACUGUCACUCCAAGGCCGUGGACUGCAGCCAGCAGGGUCUGGCUGAAAUCCCUUCCGGUUUGCCUCCUCACACGCGAACACUGCACUUACAAGAUAACCGGAUCCGCCAGCUUCCUGCGUUUGCAUUUAGGUCAGUGCCGCGGCUCCUGACCUUGAACUUGUCCAACAAUUCCCUUUCCACCCUGGCCCCCGGAGCUUUCCACGGGCUUCAGCACUUGCACACUUUAAACCUCACCCAGAACUCCCUGUAUUCCCUGGAAAAGGGACUUUUCCAUUCCCUCCCGAGACUGAGGGAGCUGGACUUGUCAUGGAACAACAUAAGCCAUCUUCCUGUGUCUCUCGGGGAGCCCUGGGGGAAUCUGACUGUACUUGCAGUGCAACAAAACCAGCUCCAGCAGCUAGAUCCAGCCCUGCUGGAGUGCAUGCCUGGCACGAGCCUCCUGCUGCUCCAGGGCAACCUUUGGAAAUGCAAUUGCCAUCUGCUGGGUCUUAAGCUCUGGCUGGAGAGAUUUAUCUACAAAGGGGGAAGAACGGAUGGCGUCACUUGUGUGUCACCGGACACCUGGAAGGGAAAGGACCUCCUCACCAUCCCUCACGACCUGUACCUGCCGUGCCCUUCUCCCUGGGAUCCGCCCGCCUCACAGUCUCAGCCGCCACACCCUGCCCAUGGUGCUGCCCUGGGGCCACCAGAGGGUGGCCCUGCGGGGGGGCAGACCCACCUGGAGUGUGAGCUCAAGCCCAAGUUGAGGCCGACCAACCUGCGGCACGCCCUGGCCACCGUCGUCAUCACCGGGAUCGUGUGUGGGAUCGUAAGUCUCAUGAUGCUGGUGGCCACCAUCUACGGCUGUACCUACGCGGCUCUUUCUGCCCAGUGUCAGGAAAGCCCCUUGCCUCCGGCCGGCCGGCCAGGAAAGACGGAGAUGGGAGGAGGGGAGCUCCUUGACAGCUCACCGGUCUGA